AUGUGGGUCCUGUUGCUGCUGCUCCCUCUUCUGGGGGUUUUGGUAUGGGCUGUCUUCAAGCAUUUCCUCACUGCAGAUGUCCCUGCUGUCCUAAAGCACCGGAUCAAGUUCAGAAUGCUUCACUGUGCGUUCCUGUAUAUAACUACGUUGGGCCACGUACUUGAGAAGCUGAGAAUUUGCUCUGGGUACAAAUUCGUCCGUUUCUUGGAAGACCUCUGGAUAAUUAAAAAGGACCCCAGCCUUGUGGUAACCAACUUGCGUUUUGGAACGAUACCCGUGAGACUGUUCCAGCCCAGGGCAGCUUCCUCCGAACCCCGACGGGCCAUCAUCUUCUACCACGGAGGAGGCGGCGGGUUCGGGACUCUGACCUCUUACCAUAGCCUGUGCUGUUUUCUGGCCAGGGAGACCGAAUCUGUGGUGUUGUCAGUCGGGUACCGUUUGUAUCCAGACUCUUUUGGGAUGGUGAUGGCAGAAGACUGCUACGCUGCCUCCGUUCACUUCCUGAGAAAUCUUCAAACUUAUGGGGUCGACCCUUCCCUCGUUCUGGUCGGGGGAGAAAGCAUUGGUGGUACCUUUGUAGGUUAUGUCUGCCGGAAAUUGUUGGCAAGGUCGGAUCUUCCCCGCAUCCGAGCGCAGAUCAUGAUCUGCCCCUUUCUCCAGGCGAUCAAUCUUCAGCUGCCAUCCCAUCAGCGCUACAAAAACGUCCCGUUCCUCACUCAGACGCUCAUGCUGACGUGUCUGUGUGAUUGCAUGUCCAUCAACCACUCCUGGUGGGAUGCCAUGCUGAAUGGUUCCUUUAGGUCCCCGGAGCUCUGGAAGAAAUACCAAAAGUGGCUCAGUGCAGACAACAUACCCAAGAAAUUCAAACCAAGCAACUACCGACCACCUGUUUCGGCCCCUUUUCAUGAGGCAGCCUUUCUGGAGACAGGGCUUCUUUUCGAUCAACGCUUCUCACCCUUACUAGCUAAUGAUGAGGUAGUGGCUAGGUUACCUCCGGCCUUCUUGUUGAGCUGUGAGAACGACAUUUUCCGGGAUGACGCCCUGCUCUACAAGAAGAGGCUGGAGGACCUGAGGGUCCCUGUGGUCUCCUACCAUGUGGAGGAUGGUUUCCACGGAGCCCUCCUCUUCUUUGAUAAGAAGUGUUUCUCUUUCCCGUGUUCCCGGAGAAUUGUGAAUGCUGUCGCCAGUUACAUAAGGGGCAUCCAGUAG